GGGGCCCCUGGUUGGAAAGUCUGGGGCCCGCGGGAGGGCGGGAGGCGGACGCGGCCCGGACUGCCCGGGGGGCUGCCCUGGCUCUGAUCGGGGAGGAUGUUUUGGGGGUGGGGGUUCACGAUCAGCGCUGGCGGCCGUCGGGGCCUGGUCAGGCGCGGCCGCGCGGGACCCGAGCGCGGGAGGCUCCGGUUCUCCCGCGGAGCCCGGCUCUGCGGCCGCGGCUGGGGCUGCUUCCUGCCCGGUCCCGAGGGUCGCGGCCGGACGCUCCCCCGGGAGGAGGUGUGCGCUGGGCUUGACAGCGGCCCCGAGGGCGCGGCCGGGCGUCUCCCGAGGAAAACGUCCGAGAGGCCGCCCCGCCCGCCGCGCGGGGACGCAGGGUGUGUUCCGGGGACGUUGCGCUUCUCCGGCCGUGCGGGCCGCGCUCAUACCCGGCGAGUGCGAGUCUGUUCGGGCCGCCCACACCGCCCGGGCGCAGGAGCCUCGCGCCUGCCGGUCCCGCCGAGCCGCGGCCCUUUCCUCCAGGUGACGAUCCCGGAACUUCAGCAGUCGGAGGGAGAGAUUAGAAUGGCUUCCAGAGGAAAGACAGAGACGAGCAAGUUGAAGCAGAAUUUAGAAGAGCAGCUGGACAGACUCGUGCAGCAGUUACAGGACCUGGAGGAGUGCAGGGAGGAACUUGACACGGAUGAGUACGAGGAGACCAAAAGGGAAACUCUGGAGCAGCUGAGCGAGUUUAAUGAUUCACUGAAGAAAAUCAUGUCUGGGAAUAUGACGCUGGUGGACGAGCUCAGCGGAAUGCAGCUGGCUAUUCAGGCGGCCAUCAGCCAGGCCUUCAAAACCCCAGAGGUCAUCAGAUUGUUUGCAAAGAAGCAGCCUGGUCAGCUUCGGACAAGGUUAGCAGAGAUGGACAGAGACCUGAUGGUGGGCAAGCUGGGAAGAGACCUGUACACUCAGCAGAAGGUGGAGAUCCUCACAGCCCUCCGCAAGCUCGGAGAGAAGCUGACUGCCGAUGACGAGGCCUUCCUGUCUGCGAAUGCAGGUGCUGUCCUCAGCCAGUUUGAGAAAGUCUCCUCGGACCUCGGCUCCGGAGACAAAGUCCUCGCUCUGGCAAGUUGUGAGGUUGAAAAAGCAAAAAAAUGACCUGGUUUGGCAGCCGGCGACAUCGAUCACAUUCUCACUGCAGAUGGCGGGUUUCUCCUGAGGACGCUGAGUCACCGCAGCGAGCGGAGAUUCUCCACAUCAUUACACUCUCAGAACGGGUGACAGAACAGCACAGUGGCCUCCGCCACGCGGCAUGCUGCUCUGUGUGGGCUCCGUGCUGAGCGACCCGGCCGCGGUGGGAUGGAGGGACUCGCUGGACCCGCUCCUUACGAUCUGUCUGUUCGCGAGGGAAACAUAAAAUGACUUCUCUGUUUUUA